GGCAUUGGGCCCAGUCUCCAUGGCAGCAGAGGAUUUAUUACCAGGCCUCCACCCAGCCUGGUGGACUUUCGACUCCAAGGCAGAGGAGAGAGAACCAAACACCCUCCCAGGAGCAAGGGGUGCCUGAAGAUGGCCAAGUUCCUUUCCCAGGACCAAAUUAAUGAGUGCAAAGAAUGCUUCUCCCUGCAUGACAAGCAGCAAAGAGGGAAGAUUAAAGCCACGGAUCUUCUGGUGUCCAUGAGGUGCCUGGGGGCCAGCCCAACGCCAGGGGAAGUACAGGGCCACCUGCGGACUCAUGGGAUAGACAAGCACGGAGAGCUGGAUUUCUCCACCUUCCUGACCAUCAUGCACACGCAAAUCAAACAAGAGGACCCGAAGAAGGAAAUCCUUCUGGCCAUGCUGAUGGCAGACAAAGAGAAAAAAGGUUACAUCAUGGCAUCUGAGCUGCGGUCGAAACUCAUGAAACUGGGAGAGAGGCUCACUCACAAGGAAGUGGAUGAUCUUUUCAAGGAAGCAGGCAUCGAACCAAACGGCCAAGUGAAAUAUGACACAUUUAUCCAGAGGAUCACCCUUCCUGUGCAAGACUACUGAGGGAGCUGAGAUCAAGAGUAUUGGAGGCUCAUGGGCCUGAAAACCUAGACUGAUUUAUUUUUAAGGGAAGUCUAAAAAUGGCAAACACUGCAAUAAGACCAAAUGGCAUAACAAGUACAGGAGAUAAGCAGCAAUAAAUGAUGCAGCCAUGGUAUCACAUGCCUGUAAUACAAGGUCUGUAUUGAUUUUAGUACUAACAUUAGUCUUGUUCUUU